ACGAGAGUGCCAAAUAUACAGAUCUGCUGUUACUGCUGCACACUAUUGAUAUUUCACCUCUAGUCCGUGUGUGCCGUAGUCUUUUUUAGACAUUUGCAGGCUGAAGUUGUUACUUGUGGAAUUCCCCUGCACGUGUUUGUGUGUGAUUUUCUUAGGGCUUCUUUAAUUUAUUCUUUUGCUGAUUCUUUCCUUUAAACAUCCCAUCGAGAUGGCCAACACAAUUACUCAGAAGGACACAACAUUUACUAAAAUCUUUGUUGGGGGACUACCUUACCAUACCACUGACAAAUCGCUACGAGAAUUCUUUGACAAGUUUGGAGAAAUCGAGGAAGCUGUUGUCAUCACAGACAGACAGACCGGCAAAAGCCGUGGCUAUGGAUUUGUAACAAUGGCCAAUAGAGAGGCAGCAGAAAGAGCAUGCAAAGAUCCUAACCCCAUCAUUGACGGCAGGAAAGCCAACGUGAACUUGGCCUACCUAGGGGCUAAACCAAGAGGUAUUCAGUCAGGUAUUCCUCUAGCCAUAAAAGGUGUACCAGGUCUCCUGCCAGGCCAAUUUGGGUUCCCUCAGUAUUUAUACCCGUCCACUGCUUACGUCGCAGCGCCCUCUACCGCCAGUAUGCUCACCACAGCAGUGCCACAUUCGCCACUCUCACCUACCGCAGCGGCCACAACAGGACAGUUGCUUGACUAUUCCACCGCAUACGCGUCUCAGUUUGGAGCAUACGAGGCUGCAUAUCCAUACGCCUCUAGCGCAACUGGUUUGAUUACACCCACUGCCGCCGGAUAUACUUACGCUGCCAUCCCCCAGCCUGCACUCGUAGCUGGCGGAAGUGCGAUACAUUAUCAGCCCCAACAAAUACAGGAGAGGAUGCAAUGAUGGUAAUAGGAGAACACUAGCAGUAUUCACGCCGAAUUCAAAGUAUUUCAACAGAAACUAUUGACCAAACGUCCGUCCUGAGAGCAGAACGGAAAAAAACCGUUAACCAUCUUUUGGAUAUCAAUUUUUUAAAAGGCAUUUUAUAUACAUCGAUACGUUUUUCUUUAACUGUAAUAUUUUUUAUCACGAAUUCGGUAGAGAAAUAUUAGCAUGAUCUCUAUGCAAGAUGAAGGACUGAUUUGGACGAAAGAGUAUUUCAAGCUUUUUUUAUAAUGUGAGAUGAGAGAGUAAUUAUGAGGGAGAGAGAAAAAUCGUAUUUAUGGCCUAUGUAUUGUUUAGUGUGAGUGAGUUGGAAGGAUAUGUGCUUGAUAAGCUUACACUAUUAAGCGUCCCAAGUACAGUUCAAAAUCAUAAUUUAUAUUGAUAUCAUAUAUUAUUUGUAUCAAAGUAUUUAUAAUAUUGUUGUUGACAUAAAACUGUUUCAAAUUUGUGGAUCACGUGGUGUCUCCGUCCAGUUAGCUCAACCUUGCCAUCACAUUUUUUAUUGUAGAGGUCAUAAGGUCAUGACAAGCAGACGACAUCGGUCACAUGAAAUGUGAACAUUAGUUGCAGAACUAUAUUACGUAGUAGAUUUCAUGACAUCAUUCACUUAAAUUGCUAGGGCGGAGACCACGGUUGUAAAAGGAUGAUACUUGUAACAACUACUUGUUAUAAUUGUGUAAAAUCGUUAUCCCUUGAAAACUUAAUAUUCGAUAUUUAUAAAAUAUCAUUGUUGUCACUGUACACUGUACAUAUCAUCGUAAUGUUAUAUAUUAGGUAGAUGUUAGACUAGUCUUGUUGUUAAUCUAGAGGCAACCGUAGUUAACACACUAUGCAAGUAGGAAGGGUGACCCAUUGAUACACUAUAAGAAUCGAUGGUAUAUAAUUAUGCUACUUUGAUAUUAUUUGUAUUACCUAAUUGUCUUUCUUUAUUUGGUAGUAUCAACAGAAAGUGCAAAUAAUCGACUAUCGAAUCACGUAGCAUGCGCGCCGUCCGUUGCAUUUUAAACAUAUUCCAACGAAAGAGGCUGAAGUGCCUUUUAGUCCCACCACAUGUAAAAGAAAAGAUGUAUAAUCAAAAUUGAAAAAAAAUAUCUAUAGAACUCGAAAUCCACCGCUGUUUCAUAUAAUAGAUAGGAAUAGAUGACGUCACCUGUCAUUAGUUUGCAAGAUUACGUAUGAAUGUGUGUGUACUUGGUCAAGGCUUCAUGUAUAGUUUGCUUGUGAUUCAGAUAAGGACUCAAGGUGGCGCUGAGUACAUGUGUAUGCCUCAUGUUAACCAGACACCCUUAAAAGUUCCUCGUCCAUCCCAAGAGGUUGCCAUGGCGAUACGAAUCGAAUUUUUUCAUACUUUCUUGUCCACAAAGGCAUUUUUCAUUACUUUUAAGAUGUUUUCGUUUUUUAUCUUCUUUUUGGUUAUUUUUGCAUCUAGACCAAUUCUUACUAUUCUCCUAACCAGACAAAAAUGGUCAAUCUAGUCAGAUUUUCGGAUUUGUGAUUUGAUCACCAUGGCAACUCAUUGCAUAUUGUGUUCUGAUACGGAAAACAUUUUGUACACCCGAAAGUAUUAUAGAUUUGAAAACGAGGUUAAACGAAUUACGACGGUUAUGAGGGGUUUUUUUCUACGAUUUUCGUUUUCUUGUUUGUGAAGAAAAUGCAUUCCAUUUCUUAAAAAUGUAAUUUUGGUCCAACGUCUUAAUUCAGUUCACACAAAUGGCUUGACUAUCAAGAAGUUAGAGAAAGUUUAACCUCGUUUUCAUUUAAAUGGUUGGUAAUGUUUAAAACCAACCGAUGCCUCAUUUUUGUACGACUCUUGUUGGUAUAUAUAUUAUAUACAAAUAUUUAUUGCUGUUACGCUUUCAGAGAAAGACAAGAUGUGUAUAAAGAAAGCAGGGGCGUAUAACUAUUGUUAUAUUUUAUUUAUUUUACCCAACCAUUAUAAUCAAAAUAAUGGUUGGGACUUUUUAUAUUGAUGUAUUAUCAUUAUGAAUGUAUUUAACAAUCAUCGAUGUCAUAUCUUAGAGCAUUAACUUAAACAAUUAACUUAAGAAACUGUAGUAUAGUAUAAUAUUGUCUAUGGUAGAAACUAUGAAUACAAUGGACUACAAUGCCACAUCGUAUAACAGUGUCAAUGUGUAAUGCGGUUCAACAUCCGCGAGAAUAGCAUAAUCCAAUGUUAAAUAAAACAGACCAUUUACUAUGUUGACAUUUACUUAUGUUACAAUCAUGAAAACAAAUAAAAAAAGGAAAUAUUAUGAAA